AUGUCUCACGAGGAAGAUCUCAUCGAUUACUCCGACGAGGAGCUGCAGACCACCACUCAGCCCACCACCACUGCUGCGCCUGCCGCCGCCAAUGGUGACGAUGACAAGCAGGGUGAUCUGACUGUCACUGGUGGCCGCCCCGACAAGAAGGGUAGCUACGUUGGUAUCCACUCGACCGGUUUCCGCGAUUUCCUCCUGAAGGGCGAACUCCUUCGCGCCAUCACCGACUGCGGCUUCGAACAUCCAUCGGAGGUCCAGCAAGUUUGCAUCCCGACUGCUAUCCUGAACGUCGAUGUUCUUUGCCAGGCCAAGUCCGGUCUCGGUAAGACCGCUGUCUUCGUCCUGACUACUCUUCACCAGCUGGAGCCCGUCCCUGGUGAAUGCCAGAUCCUAGUCAUGUGCCACACCCGUGAGCUCGCCUACCAGAUCAAGAACGAGUACGCCCGUUUCUCCAAGUAUCUGCCCGACGUCAAGACUGCUGUCUUCUACGGUGGUACCCCGAUCCAGAAGGACGUCGAGACCCUGUCCAGCAAGGAGACCUACCCCAACAUCGUCGUCGCCACCCCCGGUCGUCUCAACGCACUCGUCCGUGACAAAAAGUUGUCUCUUCGCAACGUCAAGGCCUUCGUUCUCGAUGAGUGUGACAAGAUGCUCGAUCAGAUUGACAUGCGCCGUGAUGUCCAGGAGAUCUUCCGUGCCACCCCCGCCGACAAGCAGGUUAUGAUGUUCAGCGCCACUCUCUCCCAGGAAAUCCGUCCCAUUUGCAAGAAGUUCAUGCGCAACCCUCUCGAGGUUUACGUCGAUGACGACACUAAGCUCACUCUUCACGGAUUGCAGCAGUACUACAUUAAGCUGAGCGAGCAGGAGAAGAACCGCAAGCUGAAUGAGCUCCUCGACAACCUUGAGUUCAACCAGGUCAUCAUCUUCGUCAAGAGCACCCAGCGUGCCAACGAGCUUGACAAGCUGCUCCGCGAGUGCAACUUCCCCAGUAUCGCUGUCCACUCCGGUGUCAGCCAGGAAGAGCGUAUCAAGCGCUACAAGGAGUUCAAGGAGUUCAACAAGCGUAUCUGUGUCGCCACCGACGUCUUCGGCCGUGGUAUCGAUAUCGAGCGUAUCAACCUGGCCAUCAACUACGAUCUCCCCGCGGAUGCCGAUUCCUACCUCCACCGUGUUGGUCGUGCCGGUCGUUUCGGUACCAAGGGUCUGUCCAUCUCCUUCGUCAGCAACGAAGAUGACGAGAAAGUCCUCAAGGAGAUCGAGAAGCGCUUCGAAGUUGCCCUCCCUGAAUACCCCGAGGAAGGUGUCGACUCCACCACCUACAUGGCUUGA